UUCUGCUCCGGUGAAGACGUUCCACCAAGUGUUCUACCCAGUGACUAACCAUGGCCGAGGAGCUUAUUUACCGCCAGUACUUCUACAACUUCCACCAACAUCAGCAACAGUACUACCAACAUCCGCAAUCGAUGGAUCUUACGCCUCCUUCAAGCAGUCCGGAGUUCAUCCCGUCAACACUGAGCUUCCUCCCGGAGUCCUUCGAGCUGUCCCAGUACAACAGUGACACCGAAUGGAUGACGGCCAGCCCAGGAAGCAGCGGAUCUCCCAGCCCUUCGAUCGACUGCAACCUUACCGGCCAGAUCCUCACUUCUUCCUCGAAACCUGCUUCGACUCGUCCGAUUUCCAACUCCGCCAAAGUUCUGAGUAAGAUCGAGCAGCUGUUCGACGAUAGCAGCGCCUCGGAUAGUGAUCUGCUUGCCAACAGUGACAUCCCGACGAAGAUCAAGAUCAGGCGUGGAACGGUGAUCCCUACGGUGAUCAAGCGGAAGCGACGCCUGGCGGCCAAUGCCCGUGAACGGAAGCGCAUGCGAGGGUUGAACGAGGCGUUCGAUCGCCUGAGGCAGCAUCUUCCGGCUGGUGGAGACGAUCGGCAGCUGUCCAAGCACGAAACCCUACAAAUGGCGCAGACCUACAUUACGGCGCUGUGCGACUUGCUGGUUUGAAGGGUUAAAAGUGGAAGCGCAGGAAGUGGAUUCGUUACAGUUAGGCCAUAUGUAGGAAGUGAAUCAAGUCAUUAAGUUAAUUUUGUACGUAGUCUACAGAGUUAUUGUUAGGGAAAAUGUCAGUAUUAUUGAGAUUAUAUGUUUAAAAUGUAUGUAAAUUUUAACUUAAUUCGAUAAAACGAAAAGCAAUAAA